AUGCUCAUGCGUCGCAUCGCGUCGCUGUCGUUCGCCACGUCUCUCGGGCGCGCGCGCGGCCUCGGGCGCAACGCGCACAAGUCGUGCGUGCGGCGCUUCGCGGCCGGGAAGCAAGGCGGCGCGUUCCCGCCCGGCCCGGAGCAGUGGGACUCGUGGACGGAGAUCGGCUUCGGCGUCUGGGCGCCGACGGCGCUCUGCGCGACGUUCUGGAACAGCGGCACGUGACCCUACGCGCAGCGCGCGUGGAUCGCCAUGGAGGAGACGCGCGUGCCGUUCGUGACCGAGACCGUCGACCUGCAGCACAAGAGCGAAGCGUUCCUCGCCAAGUACGAGGAGGCGAACCCCGGCGGCCGCGCCAAGGUGCCCAUCGUCGAGAUCGACGGCCUCGUGCUCACGGAGAGCGCCGUCGUCGUCGAGUACCUCGCGGAGAAGGACGGGCCCGGGCCCUUCUACCUCGAGGACCCCGCGCGGCGCGCGGCCGCGCGGCUCAUGGCCGAGGUCCACCCCUUCGGCGACUACUUCAAGUUCCUCAAGCUCCGGGACGACCCGGAGGCGCUCGCCGCCGCCGUCGCCGACCUCACGGGGAAGCUCGAGGUCUUCGAGGCCUUCCUCGUGAAGCACGGCGACGCCGCGGGCCCGUUCUUCAACGGCGAGGACCUGUGCUUCGCGGAGGCGAACCUCGCGCCCUUCCUCCAGCGCAUGGUCCCGACGCUCAAGCACUACGUCGACGUCGACGUCCGCCGGCUCUGCGAGCCCUUCCCGCGCGUCGACCGCCUCGUGAGCGCCGUGCUCGCCCGGUGGACCGUGCGCAAGACGGGCGUCCCGGAGGACAAGCUCAUCGAGGGCAUGGACAAGAUGCUCGCGCGCAUCGCCGCGCAGGCGCCGCCGCCC